AUGCCGACGGUCUAUGAGCUUCUCUCUCCGCAGUCAUCCAACCGUGUGGGCCUCGUGGGCGUUGCCAGCUUUGGUAAUGUUUCUGACACAACAAAAUUCGGGUAUCUAUUGCUUCCUCCGAGCAGUUACGAAACACCCAAAGACGACUGCUGGCCAUCAGCCGCGGCCUGGUCCGACUUCAACAAGACAGUCGGCGGAAAGCUCAUCAAAAAUACUCCAGUUGCACUCCCUUGCUAUUAUGGGAUCACGCAAGACGAUAAUUCCUGCCAAGCUGUGCAGAAAGGCUGGACCAGCCCAAAUUUCCAAGCGGAUGCCCCAGUCGGGUAUGAUUACCCCGUCAACCUGACCUGCCCACUCAUUAGUCUCGGAGCUGCAGCUGCAGACGGUAAUUGUAGCCUGGGCAACGCCCCCGUCUUUGCGGUUAACGUGACGGCAGUGGAGGACAUUAGCCAAGCUUUGUCGUUUGCCCGCGAGAGAAACCUCAGGGUUGUCGUCAAAUCGACAGGGCAUGACUUUAUGCAAAGGCAAGGAUGCGUCAGCCAGAACCUUACUCUUUCGAUCGUAUGCAAUUCUAACCCUGUGUUUAGAUCUACCGGUUAUGCUAGCCUAUCUAUAUGGCUGAGACACCUCCGCAACGGUAUUGCAUUUCAUGAUGCCAACCCGGAACUUGAAGUUUGUCCAGAGUCGGGCUGGAACGGGAGCAGUCUUACCAUCUCUGGCUCCUAUUCCUGGGACGAUAUUUACCCUAUUGCAAGGAACAAGGGCGUAUUAAUAGUGGGAGGAGAUAACGCUGACCUCUUCUUCGCCAUCCGCGGCGGUGGGCCGGGUACCUACGGCGUCGUGACCGAGCUCAGCGUCAGGACGUACAAGGACGACCGGACUGCGUCCGUCGCCACCGUAAACGUGGAUUCGCCCGCAGACGACGCGGCCACGAGCCGCUUCCUCGACGCCGUCACCACCAUGUACGAGGCCAUGCCCGACCUUUCCAGAAAAGGCUUCUCCGGUUAUGGGCUAUGGAGCGCGCCUCAAUCAUUUUUGUUUCUGGGCGACGGCGACGCGGCCCGCCGGCUCUUUAGGCCUUUCGAGGAGAAAAUGACAGCCUUUGCCAGCUCCCAGCACCGCCUGGACGUGAAGGUUGACUGGGCCACCCACUCCAACUAUGGAUCGUACUACGCCUCCAAGACGGACACCAACGCUUCGGUCGGCAGCUUCUCUGCCAUGAGCUCGCGGCUACUGGGAUCCGAGGCGCUCGCGAACCGCACCCGACUGCGGGCCAUGGCUGCGAUGUCGGCGGCAGCAACCGGGUCCGCCGUCCAGUCCGGCUGGUACCGGUCGAUCGUGCUGGACAUUUUCGAGACGCAGGUGAACGACUUCAGCGUGGCCGAAAACAAAGAGUCGUUUGCGUACCUGCGCGGUGUUCUGGCUCCCGCAAUGGCGGACCUGUCGCCCGGCACGGGAACAUACAUGAACGAGGCGGACUGGGGGAGUGUGCACUGGAGGGAGGAUUUUUAUGGAGAGCAUUGGGAGAGGCUUAGUGCCGUCAAGCAGAGAUGA